AUGAAUAUGGCAAGGGCCGUGCUGGAGCACAAAGGAAUCGUUGAGGGGCGGUGGUGCCUCAAAAUCCAUCACUUCAACCGUGACAAGGCUAUUACUCACUACCAGAAAUCGGAGGAGUUGAUCGAUGUGGUUGGGCCCGGAACAGGACUGUUCACUCGCACAGAUCUGAUAUACGCCUCGGAAGGUCGUCUACCCGAUGAAAAUAAGGAAAUUGUCGCAACUACUGGCGACAGCACUGAACCUUACGAGUCGGCUGGUGGUUUAAGUGCAAGCACUACCACGCAACAAUUGGACUCUACUUGUAAAAGUCGCCUUGGCAAAGCAAGCACCUCCACGCAACAAAUAGACUCUACUUAUGAAGGUCGCCUUGACACUGCAAGCACCUCCACGCAACAAUUGGACUCUUCUUACGGGAGUCGCCUCGACACUAAUAAGGAAAUAACUCAGCGUAUCAAAAUGGUGCUCUCUUUCGACUCGGUUCAACUUCUCUUUCGACUUCCAGAUCCCGAAGGACCGAUCCAGCAGACCUGGAGCAACGCCGUGAAGGUCAUUUUACGAUGUGCAGGGGAAACGCUGGGAAAAACUCGGGGUGGAUUCCGAGGCGACAACAAAGCAUGGUUAUGGAUCGAUGAAAUUCAGCGAGUUGUGAGGCAGAAGAAAUUGGCCUACAAGCGCUGGGAGAAGACGCGAGCUCCAGAAGACCUAGCUGCCUAUAGAACUUCCAAGAGGGUGGGCAAGGUUGCUGUAGCGAAGGCAAAGCUCAUGGAAAUGGAUGCCUUGUAUGAGAGACUUCAGGGACGAGAAAGAGAAAACGUGGAGGAGCAGUACUACCGUCCCCGUCUACAAGCGGAAGGGAGACGCGAUGGAGUGUUCCAACUACCAGGGGGUCAGGCUGACCGCUCAUACGAUGAAACUGUACGGGCGGCUGCUCGACUCAAGAUUGAGAGAAUUGGUCCCGUUCUCACAGCAGUUCGGCUUCAUGCCUGA